UACAUUUAGAAUUGACAUCGAUUAAAUUAGUGAAAAGAAGAAAAAUUGAUUUAUAAAACAUAAAUAAGAGGAUUAAUGAUAGCAAAUUGGAAGAGCGCUUAGUAGAAUGAAGCGCAUCAGCGAAAAAAAGCUUGAGGCCUUUACGGUCGGUACAUUUUCCAAGCGGCAAUUGUCGAAAAAAGAAUUAGAGGAACAAAAAAAGAAGGAAGAUGAGGCGGCUGCGGCACAUGCGUUUAAAGAGUUUGUGGAGACGUUUCAAGAAGCGCCAACGGCCUCAUCAAAAGUGUGGGUAAAGGCGGGUACUUACGAUGCGGGCUCCAGGCGAGAGGACAAAAGUGAGAAAGGCAAACUGUACAAGCCGGGAUCGAAGCUUGUGGAAAAGAGUGCUUCUGAAAAAGCAGAGGAUUAUGCAAAACUUUUGGCAUCUGAUCUUAAAAAGGACCCAACACCUCUCAAAAAGAAGAAUCAGGAGAAGAAAAAGAGCAAUUUGGAGCUUUUCAAGGAGGAAUUGAGACAAAUACAAGAAGAGCGCGAAGAGCGGCACAAAUACAAGCAUAUGGCAGUAGUAAGUGCUCCAGUGUCGCAGCAGCCACAGCAACAGCAACAAGCUCCGACCAGCUCUCAGUCUCAGUCAGCCAAUGCUCGAGAUGCAGGAGGCUCCUUUGACACUGGCGAUCCGAAUACAACGAAUCUGUAUUUAGGCAAUUUGAAUCCAAAGAUAUCCGAACAACAGUUAAUGGAAAUUUUUGGUCGCUAUGGUCCACUAGCAAGCAUUAAGAUCAUGUGGCCACGUUCUGAGGAAGAGAAACAGCGUGGGCGAAACUGUGGAUUUGUAGCAUACAUGAGUCGCAAAGAUGCUGAGCGCGCAUUACGCACACUAAAUGGACGUUAUAUAAUGGGCUAUGAGAUGCGUUUGGGCUGGGGUAAGACAGUGCCCAUUAUGAAUACCCCUAUCUUUGCACCGCAAGCACUACUAGAGCUCACGUUACCGCCACCCCCCUCGGGGCUGCCUUUUAAUGCUCAGCCGCCACCUAGCGAGGCGAAUACAUUGCCCAAGAAAAACUACAAGGACUAUGACACUGUUGAGGACAAGGAGAACAUGGAGAGGGUUCUAAGCAAGUCUGUAGUAAAAGUAUUCAUACCGACCGAGAAAUCUGUAUUGAAUAUUAUACAUCGCAUGAUCGAGUUCGUAAUACGUGAGGGCCCCAUGUUCGAAGCCCUGAUUAUGAGCCGUGAAAUGGAGAAUCCGCUCUUUUCAUUUCUCUUUGACAACGAGAGUCCGGCGCACAUUUACUAUCGCUGGAAGCUCUAUUCACUGUUGCAGGGCGACACACCAAGCGAGUGGCGAGAGCAGCAGUUUCGAAUGUUCAAGGAUGGUCCAGUGUGGAAACCUCCUGUGGCUAAUUUCUACACGCAAGGCAUGCCCGAUGAGUUGGUAGUGGAUCCCGAUGCACCCGUCGUACACAAAGGCGCAUUGUCGAACGCACAACGCGAUCGCCUGGAAGAUCUAAUCCGCCAUUUGACACCAGAGCGUGCACGAAUCGGAGAUGCGAUGAUAUUUUGCAUAGAACAUGCUGAUGCAGCCGACGAAAUUUGCGAGUGCAUCGCUGAAUCAUUGGCAAACCAAAAGACCCGGGCUUCGAAGAAGAUCGCGAGGCUGUAUCUAGUUUCAGAUAUAUUGCACAACUGCACUGUGAAGGUGUCGAAUGCAUCCUUCUUUCGUAAAUCCGUGGAAAAGCAAUUGUUGGACAUUUUUGAGAGUCUUCACACCUAUUAUUUGGCUAUAGAGAGUCGCCUGAAGGCAGAGGGCUUCAAAACGAGGGUAUGCAAUGUCAUACGCACCUGGGAGGAGUGGACAAUUUACCCAAAGGAUUUCUUAUCACAAUUGCACGCCAUAUUUUUAGGUCGACAGUUUCCAUUGCAGUCCGCUUCGCCAGCCCAAGCAGAAGAAUCGCGCUCUGAAGAGGCAUUGGAUGAGGACAUUGACGGUGCGCCACUGUCAGGAGAAGAAAAAGACGAUGAGGAUUUGGAUGGUGUGCCGCUUGAUGGCGCUGCUUUGCUAAAGAGCGCUCUAAAGCUCGUUCUACCUGAAUCAGCCGUAGCUGCGCAACAACGAGACACACCCAAGCGGGAACAGUAUCAUGAAGAGAUCGAUGGCGUACCCUUGGAUGAUGAUUUGGAUGGUGUGCCAAUGGAGCAAGUGCAAAAAUCAACAGACACAAAGUCGCAAGCCAAAAUGCCCGGUUUUAUACCAUCCAAGUGGGAGACGGUUGAUCCCCAACAGGUUGAGGCGCAGGCCAUAACCACUAGUAAAUGGGAUACUCUCGAUCCACCAGAUCCACCAAAAUUCUUCAGCUCAGAUGAGGAUAGCGACGGAGACAACUCUCAAAAAUUUAACGAUGAGAAGCGCCAAAAGUUGCGUGAAAUCGAGGUAAAAGUCAUGCAAUAUCAAGAUGAAUUAGAAUCGGGAAAGAGACGCCUGGAGCCAGGCUGGUCGCUACCCGAACAGGUUGAAUACUAUCGCAAGCGUUUGCUGAAAAGGAAUUCUCCUUCGGAUUCUGUGGACUCACCAUUAAGCUACAUCCAUACGAAAUCGAAAAGCUUGCAGCGCAGUGAGAGUCCUGAUGCCAGGCAUGCGCUUAGCUCUUACUACAGUAGCAACUCUCGCUCCAGCCCCAACUUACGCACCAGUCGCAAGCGAUCCCAUUCGCCACAAAGCGGAGGCGAAAGUAGUCGCAGCUCAAGAUCUGCCAAGCGCAAUCGUUCGAGAAGUCAAUCAGACUCACCCAAGCGCUACUCGGAACGUUCAGGUCGCUCCUCACGGAGAUCCCCGUCACCAACGACUUCGUCCUAUAGCUCACGCUCGAAUCGACGCAGCAGCGUAUCGCCGGGUCGUCAUCGGGCGGACAAGCACAAGCACAAGCAUCGUCAUUAAAGUUUUCCAGAUU